AUGAAUAAGUUCGAAAAAUUUAGCAUUAUACUGAAUAGUUCCUCGUGUAUUUAUAAUGCUGGUGAAAAAAUAACAGGUUCUGUUAUCUUAGUAUUAAAAAAAUCAAUCAAAUUAAGAGGAAUUUCAGUGAAACUUAUUGGAAAAGGGGAAGUUAAUUGGGAGGAAGAUGGACCUGGAAUUGGUUACAAUCCUACCUAUUACUCCAGUCAUGAAACAUACAUUGACUCAACAAUUAUUCUUUAUGGAAAAGCAUCACACACUUCUGAGCAAAUUGAGCUUUUGGAAGGUGAACAUAAAUUCCCUUUUAAGUUUCACUUACCGCUACACAGUCCAUCAUCCUUUGAACAUAAAUAUGGUCAUAUAAAUUAUUUCGUAAAAGCUGUCAUAGACAAACCCUGGACACUUGACCGUAAAUGCAAAAUUCCCAUUCAAGUAAAAAGUGUAAUUGAUCUGAAGACUCAGGCUGAAGUGAAGCUGCCAAUUCAAAAGAAAGUUUUUACCAAGUUUGGUUUCAUUUCCUGCAGUUCCGGAAUGUUAUCAGCUACCAUUCAUUUGAAGCAAACGGGAUUUGUACCAGGCGAAAAGAUUUGUAUUAACGCAGAAAUUAAUAAUGAAUCUAACAAAACAGUUGCUUAUUCACAAGCAACUCUUAAAAUGGAAAUUAAAUUUCGAACUUCAUCAAAAAAUAAAACCAAGAAAAUGUCAUUAGUAUCUAUAAGAGGUGGUUCAAUAAAACCUGGAAGUACUGGUACUUGGAAUGGAAAAGUUCUUGAGGUUCCACCUUUGGCUACUCCCCAAAUGCUAUAUUGCAGCAUCAUUGAUAUUGAUUAUACAUUAAAGUUUUCCGUUUGUAGUACUUGGUGCACUCUUUUAGAUAUACCAAUCAAGAUUAUUAUUGGCACAGUUCCACUGAGAAAAUGA